CGACCUCAGUGCUCACAAGUCUCCGAGUUGUUGUAGCAACCACUUCGGUCUUCCGUUUACAGUUAACAUGAAUUAUAUUUUUACCGUCGUUUUAUUAACGGCGAAAAUCUUCAUUACUCUUCAAGCGAAAGCACCUAAAUUAGAAAAUGUAAUACCAAAAGAAGGAUAUCAUGCGAUUGUUAAAGAAACUGAAAGGCAACUAGAAGUAACUCCAAGAAUCAAGGUUGUUAAUGCUGAAGUUUGUAAUUUCCUGAUAACUAAUAAGCAUCAUGGAGAUGUACCAUUUGUUGCUGAAAUUACAAAUAAAGAAGAAGGAGAAGUUGUUCUUGUUGCAAAAAGGGAAUUGAAUUGUGAAAAAAGGAAAACAUAUAAAUUUGAUAUUGCUGCUGUUGGAUGUGAUGGUCAAAUAUCAGAAAAUGUAACUGUUCAUGUGACUGUUGAAGAUGUAAAUGAAUUUCCACCAACUUUUCUUCACGAAUCUUAUACGGUAGAUGUUAAUGAAGGAGAACUUCAUGAUCAGAUUGUACAGGUGAAAGCAGAAGAUGGAGAUUGCUCUCAAAAAUUUAGGGACAUUUGCAAAUAUGAGAUAAUUACACCUAAUCAACCAUUUACUAUUGAUUCUGAAGGUCGUAUCAAAAAUACUGAGCCACUUUCAUGGGAUCAAAGCCGCAAUCACAUUCUCCUUGUUGUUGCUUAUGAUUGUGGAAUGAAAAGAUCUAAGCCUACAACAGUUAAUAUUAAAGUUCAUAGAGUUUGUCGACCUGGCUGGAAAGGUAUUCGAGAAAGAAUUGAAUACACUCCAAGCUCUGGGCAACAGAUACUUUUUCCAGAAGCACAGUUAGAAUUAUGUGAUGCACCAUGUACACCAGAAAAAUUAACAACAAAAGUUACACUUUCAACACAUCACAUUGGAAAAGGAUGUGAUAGAGAUACCUACUCAGUCGACUCUCAAAGGAAACUAUGUGGUGCAAGUUCAGAUAGUAUAGAUUUACUUCCUUCUCCUGGUAUUGGUGCUGAGUGGACAAGAGAAUUACCAACUGAUGAAGGCCAUGAAAGUGAUCAAAUAUAUGAAUUUGAUGGAGUAACAAAUGCUGUUGUUAUUCCUGAAUCAACCCUUAACCAUAAUUUAACCAACAACUUCACAGUUGCAUUUUGGAUGAAACAUGAGCCUUUACCUGAUCAUAAUAAUUCACACAUGAAGGAACAUAUUAUCUGCAAUGCUGAUGAUCAUAAAAUGAACCGACACCACUAUGCUAUAUUUGUAAGAAAUUGUCGUUUAAUAUUGUUGCUUCGUCGUGAAUUUUAUCAAAAACGACCAAUUGUAUUUAGACCAGCAGAAUGGCGCUGGAAGACAAUUGAAGUUUGUGAUAAUCAAUGGCAUCAUUACGCCAUAAGUGUGAAUUUUCCAGAGGCUGUAUUAUAUAUUGAUGGACAGGCAUUCCAUAGUCAGACAGACAACCCUGAAAUUAUAGAUGAUUGGCCAAUGCAUGCAACUAAAGGAAUUAAUACUACAUUUGUUGUUGGUGCUUGUUGGCAAGGUAAACAAAGCAAAAUGGAUUUCCAUUUUCGUGGAUUCUUAGCUGGAUUAUCUGUUCUUCGAGGUCACACUGAAAGUCCCGAUGUGUUAGCUUGUUUACAUCAUUGCAAAGAAGGUCUAGAAGUACCUCCAACUGAACAUUUAGAACCAGGAAUGGAGUUACAAAGUAAUUCUGAUCUUACAGAAGUCACAAUUGACGGUAAUAGUAAAACAAAUCUGGAAGAAUUAGUGGCUCAGCUUGCUUAUAUUAACUCUCGAGAAUUUCCUACACCUGGUCGUCGUAGCCUUCAUUUGUCAACUUCUGUUAUGUGUUCUGAUGGUAAACAAAUGAAAAUUCCUACUUCAGAAGCAUUUGUCAUAGUUUUGCAACCUGAACAACUAACAAUUGCUAUUAAUGGAACUCCCAAUGUUCCAUUUGAAUAUGAAUAUUUCAAACAAGGAAUAAUGUUAUUUUCAUCAAUAUCUAUUACUGUCAGUAAGGAACAGGAUGAAUUAAAUCAAAUUGUUCAUUCUAGUACUGGUUCAACCUUUAAUCAAGAACAUAAAUUAGAUUCAUGUACCGUUCAAGUCUAUCCACCUCUUAAUCCUGAUCAUGAAUAUUUCAUUCUCCCUACAAACUUGAUGUCACAUUUGGGUAUUUUGCAUAAACAAAAUAAAGAUGGACUUGUCAUAUAUGGAUCUGAUACAAUUCAUAAUUAUGAAAUGGUUUUGAGAGAGGUGCAUUAUUUCAAUCGUAAACCAGCAUAUUAUCUAAAUCGUGCCUUCAAACUUGUUUGUUCUGAACUGAAUGGUAGAUUCUCAAGUAAUGAAUAUGUACAAAUGGUUACGGUCAUUCAUCCACAGUCAGAAUUAAGCCAUGAAAUUAAAACAACUCAUUUACCGCCACUACCAGUAGCUCAUGCUCAAGUUAGUGGUCAUGAGGUAGAAUUUAAAAAUGCAAAAAUAAAACAAAUUGAACAUGUUGACAGUAAUAUCAUUGAUGCUAGUAAAGCUGUAGCUAAAACAUCAGCAAGCCAUGCUGUGACAAUAAUCAUUGUAGUAUGUGUUGGAUUUUUGGUAUUCAUGAUAGUUUUGGGAGUUAUCCGCAUCAGAGCUGCUCAUCAUCAUUCUCAUGAAAAUCGUGAUGAAGAACAAGAAAUGGCCUGGGAUGAUUCAUCGUUAACAAUUACUGUAAACCCGAUGGAUCAAAUUGAGCAGAAACAAGAAACUCAAAAAUCUCGUGAAGAGGACAAUAGUGACAGUUCUGAUGACGGAAGCAGUUACCAUGACGAUGGAGAGAGCUCAGAAGAAGAGCCUGAAAAAACCAAAGGGCGAGAACUGGAAUGGGAUGACUCCACUCUCAGCUUCUAAGACUGUAUAUCUUGCACAUCAAUCAACUUAGUGUGAAAACUGUGAAUUGUUGAAUAUCAAACUGUAGAUCAGAUGGAGAAGUACCACGAAGUAAUCGUGCUAGUGCUUUGUAUCAAAAAUUUCUUCCCCACAGUGUAAAUUAACUGUUUCCUACAUUUGUCUCUGAAGAUAUCAUCCAAUGGAUUCUGAUUAGAGGUAAUAGUUUCAAAGUUACAUUUACUACUGUUUACAUUUGUGAUCUCUACUUAAGUUAUAAUUGAUUGAAUAUUAUAGCAGUGCCAUAGACUGAUGUUCCUGCAUUUGGAAUUUUAGUGUACCUAAGUUAGUGCCACUUUUCUCUGUUAAAAAAAAGGAAUUCUUUACUUCCUUUUUCCAUAGUUAAUUAAUUAAUUAUUGUGAUAGGGUACACAUUAUAAAUGUUAAUUAAUGCCAUGAGAAAAGCACCAUUUUUGCUUCCUUUGAAACAAGUUGUUCCUCAAAGUGCCAGACGAUUUCAAUUCCUCUCCAAUAUUAAUGUGGAAAAAGUGAAUGUCGACAUAUCUAAACUUCUCCACAGUGAUGGUAGUUGAGAAUUUGUGCAAAAGUCUUCAUGUUUGUAUUGUCAAAAUGUUGUAAACGAACUGUUUAUUCAAAUUAUAUGUGGGUGAUUGCAAUAUAUUCAUCAAUAAUUAAGUUCUCAUGACGUAUUCGAUUAAUAAUGUAAAAUAUGGCUUGUCAGUUUGAUUUAUUUGGGAAUAUGGGUUGUAAUUUGAUUAUCAAACAGUUAACUUAUAAGAAAAAAUUUCACAAAAUUCUUCAUAUAAAUAUCUUAUAUGUAAAUACAGUAUAUAUAUUAUCUACGUGAAUCGUCUUUUAUGUAACUGUAAUUGCAUCUGUCAGUAUCGAUGCUUUGAAAGGAAAAAUAAUUCUAAUUUACAACUAUUUUCUUGUUAUAGAAAUUUUAAUUAUAUCAUUUUUUAUGUUUAUUUUAAUAUUAUAUGAAAUAAUAAUGUAAAUGGGUAAGAUUACAGAUAUAAUAGUGAUAUUAUUACUUUGAAGAAUUUUAUAGAUAAAUUUCAUAAUCACAAUAUAAGGAGAUAUUGCUUCCAUGAAAUUUCAAAAUCGAAACAUAAAUUUAAAUAUGUUUGAAUGAAAUUUGUACUGAUUAUUAUGGAGUAUAUCAAAGAAAUUUUACAUAACAAUUGAUUGAAAAGCAAUGUUUUACCAACCUUUUUUAAUAGGUAGUAAAGAAAGAAUACAAUAUAACAUAAAACAAGGAAUUACAUGUAAUAUUCUAACAAAAUAUUCAAGGUAUUCAAUCUUUAAAAAUAACACCUCAUCAAUGUAUCAGGAAAAAACAAUAUAGAAAGGAAUAUUAAUUGUAAGGCAAAGUUAUUUAAACCAAAAUAAUAUUUAUAUGUACCAUACAUUAUAUAUUUUCGUUUGAAGUAAAUAUAUCUUUACUACAACUGUAUAGAAUAUAGAAGAAAUUGUCAGGUAAAGAGUAUCAGGAUGGAUAUAUUUAUACUGUUUAGAUGAAAUUAACUCAUCGAAAAUAUGAGUCAUUUUCAUGUAUUUUGUUAUCUGGGUUUUAUAUAAUUUCAGAAUCAAAUUCCUUUUAUUAUGCUAAUUAUUAUUAGGGAUAUUCAUGAUAUACAACUGAUAAUUAGCUUCACAAAUAAAUAGUGCUUUAAGCAUGAUCAAUUACAAACAUCCCAAUUGAUGGGUAUGAUUAAAACAUUAUUUUGUUGUGAAAAGAAGUUUUAGCUUUAGUUAUUUUGUUAUAGAAUUUACAAAAUAAAUUAACUAUUAGGAUAUAUUAACUGAGAUGAUAUAUUGGAACAUAAUAUAAUUGUAUAUAACUUUUUAAUUUACUCUUCAUACACAAUGACGAUUGUGAUGGUAAUUGAGUAGUCUUCAUCCAUAUAUUCUUAAGAUAUUACUUUGUUUUUAUAGUUUUCAGUUAAUUUUUGUGUUCUUUGACCUUUUUUAGCAAGAAAUUUAAUAUAAUCAUGAAUAACAAUUAAAUCUGUUGGAGUGUAUUUGCAAUUAGUUUAAUAUAAUAAUCAUUAAUCCAUUCAUUGAUUAGACAAUUUUAUAUUGCUAAUGGUGAUAAUGCCAUUGCUAUUCAUCAGUUGUCUGAUACUGUUUAUCACAAAUAUCCACGUUUCAAAUUAUUAAAAAUUAGAAUGGUGUGGAUAUCUUUUCACUUUUUAAUAAUUUCAUUUAAUUUCUAAUUAAGUAAAUAUUUAUUUAGAUUAGUUGCAGCUGAUAUGUUUUUUCCUUUUUCAAUUUCAGCAUUACAUAAUUCCAUUGGAAUGCAGUUUUCUUAUAUUGUCAUUUAAAAUGGCAUAUGAUUUCAAAUUUCUAUUGAAUUGAAACAGUUAUUAGAAUUUAUUAUCACUAUUAAUUCUAUAAUCUUACCCAAUUUAUACAUUAUCUAGUGAGCAACCUCUCACAAUUUUGUUAAUAUUGACAAUUUAAAAAAAACUACUUAAAUACUUGUAGUAAAAAACUAUUUUAAAUGGCUAUUUAAUUGCCCAUUUUGGAAACUAUUUGCAAUGAAGAGACGAGACUACCUGUUGCAGCUGCUAUUUUUUUAUUUUUUCCUAUUAUUCUAUACAAUAUAUUUUAUGUGCAGCAAACAUUCCAUGUCGAAAGUGAGAAUUAUUCAUUUAAAUAGUUAUUAGUGUGAUUAAGGGGUAUAGAAAUCUUAAAAUAAUAACAAUAAAAAAGAUUUUAAAUGAAUGUAAAUUUUUUUCUGAUAUAAAUAAUGUGCAGAUAUACUGUAUUUAAGUUUUGUUUUUAAUUCAUACAAUGAAAUCUUCUCUUAAGAUUUUUCAAUAUAGCAGAACGAAAUUGAGGAAUUGAUCGGAUCAUGUAAGUGUUAAUGUAAAUGCAAUAAACUCAUUUUUAUCCCCCUUA